GUUAUAUAAUUAUAUUUUCAUUCACUUGAACAUAUAAAUAAAAACAAUAAUCCCAAACAAAUUAAUAUAAUAGAAAAGAAAAGAAAAGAAUGGAUUAAAAAUGAGAUUGAAGAAAUUAGAUAACAUAUAUAAUAAUGGCAAGAAAUAAUGUUGGGAAAAUGAUGAUUUUAAUAUUGAUUGGAACCAUCCUAGUCAACAUUUCAUAUUCCAGGCCCGAAUGUAAGAAUGGAAAUGAACAAGGAUGUUUGAAGAAAAGGGAAGUAAUCGAUGAUGCUCUGUGCAAGAAUGGAGAUGAACAUGGAUGCUUGAAGAAAAGGCAAGUAGCUGAUCCUCAGAAUGCCACUAUCCCUGCCACCGUUGCUCCGCCAGGGCCUGUUCCUGAAGGCUCAUCACCAAAAUCGCGCACGACUGCAAAAGGUGCGGGAUACUCUAUAAAGCUCUCGUUUGGAGCCAUUCCACUUUAUAUGGGGGCCGCCAUGCUUUUAAAAUUUGUUACUUGAUUAAUAAUGAUAUUAUGAUAAUAGUAUUUUUUUAAAUUCAUAAUAUUUUUGUCCUCUUCUAAUUUCUCAA